AUUUAUUUCUCCUCCGCAGACGCGACGGCGAGCUCCGACUCUAGCCUGCUCCUUGCUAUUCGCUCCACGACUAUAUAAGGCUGUGUACUGUCAUCUCAUUCUUGUUCUUGUAUUGCAAUGGUCAACACAUUCUCAACUACCAGUGCUAUGCCCAGCUUCUUUUCUGAAAUCGUUGCGGCUCCGGAUGAUCCAAUCUUCAAGCUCACUGUCGCCUACAUCGCAGACUUGAAUCCAAAGAAGAUUGAUCUUGGUGCAGGUGCCUACAAGGAUGAACAAUGCUGCUCAUGGGUGCUGCCUAGUGUCCGCCAGGCAAAGGCUCUGAUUGCAGCAGAUCCCAAUGACCACCAUGACUACCCAAUGUUGUCGGGACGCCCACAAUUCCGAGCGCUCGCUGCUCGUACGGUCCUCGGACUCAACUCAGCAGCCAUUGCUGAAGCACGCGUUGCAUCUUGCCAGACCAUCUCUGGUACCGGUGCCAACCACCUUGCUGGCUUGUUUCUCCGCAAAUUCAGGCCCAAUGCUGCACUCUACUUGCCUGACCCAACAUGGGGCAACCACCAUGCCUUGUAUGGCCAUGUCGGCUAUACGCUCAAGUUUUAUCCUUACUGGAACCCAGAGACCCGAGCACUCAAGUUUGAUGGCUUGAUGGAGAGCAUGCGUAACGCUCCUUCAGGUUCCAUCUUCUUGCUGCAUGCGUGCGCCCACAACCCUACAGGCACAGACCCAACGCCCGUACAGUGGCAGGCUAUUCUCAAAGUGAUGCUCGAGAAGGGGCACUUGGCUCUCUUCGAUUGCGCAUACCAAGGAUUUGCCAGUGGCAACCUCGACCAGGAUGCCUACGCUGUGCGUCUCUUUGUCGAUGCUGGGGUAGAAGUGCUCAUUUGCCAAUCUUUCAGCAAGAACCUUGGCAUCUAUGGCGAACGUUGCGGUGCAUUGCAUAUUGUCUGUGCAAACUCCGUCACUGCCAGUGUCCUCACGACGCAUCUCGCAGACUUGACGAGGAGCGAAAUCUCGUGUGCACCGGGUUUUGGUGCGAAAGUCGCUGAACGGGUUAUUGGAACGCCUGAGCUCGCUGCUCAAUGGGAGUUGGACUUGUUGACCAUGUCUGGCAGGAUCAAGACGAUGCGCCAACGUUUAUAUGCUGCAUUGCAGACACUGCAGACACCUGGCACCUGGGAGCACAUUAUUGAUCAAAUUGGCAUGUUCUCCUACACUGGGCUCAAUCCAGCGCAGUGCGCUGCCUUGGUGUCCAAAUCCAUUUAUCUGGCUGGUAAUGGUCGUAUUUCCGUCUCAGGCCUGAAUGAGGCAAACGUGGACCACUUCGCACAAGAGCUCGACUGGGUCGUGCGUAACGUGCAGUAAUUUCUUCUAAAGGUAGAUGGACAA